UCAUUCAUCAACUUCCGGUGUCACGGGGUACCUGGGAGACGGAGCAAAAAAGCGGGCAUACCGAUAUCUUCUUUAUUGUUUUCGCUGGCCUUAAAGCAUUUGAACGCGUAUACUUUUGUCUUUAAAAGUUUAACAAACCGCGCCGUGUGGGCCAGUGACCCGCCGGGAUUUGUAUUUGUCUCGUGAAACAGUCUCAUUCAUUCGGUUUUGGAACCCGCGAGCCGCCGCGCAGCGUCGCGAGCAGCAGGCCUAUUCUUCUGGCUACAAGCUCAUGAGCUAACGUUAGCAGGCUAACACAUGAGAACACGUUUUCUGUCCCAAUGACUCUGCUUUUACGUUGUAAAUAAACACCACACUGCUAAUGUGUGUGCCGGUUAUUAAGUUUAAGUAAUUCUGUUGCUAAGCGGGCUGCUAGUUAAAGAGAGUUUACUUGAGCUACAUUAGCAAGCCACCUGUUUUUUUGAAGUGUUGUUCACUUUGUGCUAGCCUAAGCUAGCCGUCGCCAACUGAAUAACGCAGUCGAGGAAAACGUAGUAGCCUCAACUUACAGAGAUGUCGGACUUCGACGAAUUUGAAAGACAGCUGUCUGAAAACAAACAAGCUGAAAGGGACAAAGAGAACCGCCACCACCGCCGCUCCUCUUCCCGCAGCCGUAGCAGAGAGAGGAAAAGGAGGAGCAGAGACAGGGAUAGACGCAGCAGGGACCGCCGUGGGGACAGUAAGGAGCGCAGACACAGACGCAGCUCACCAUCCAGCUACCCCCAGGACAAUGCUGGAAGUCGUUCUCCGCAUCGUGAGAAGAAGAAGAAGGUGAAGAAGUACUGGGAUGUUCCCCCGCCUGGUUUUGAACACAUCACUCCCAUGCAGUACAAAGCCAUGCAAGCUGCAGGCCAGAUUCCAGCCACAGCCCUCCUGCCAACCAUGACUCCAGAUGGCCUGGCUGUUACUCCCACCCCUGUACCUGUUGUGGGCAGCCAGAUGACCCGGCAGGCCCGCCGACUGUACGUGGGAAACAUCCCCUUCGGGAUCACAGAGGAGUCCAUGAUGGACUUCUUCAAUGCCCAGAUGCGUUUGGGUGGUCUUACUCAGGCCCCUGGAAACCCUGUCCUUGCAGUACAGAUCAACCAGGAUAAGAAUUUUGCCUUCCUUGAGUUCCGCUCAGUGGAUGAAACAACACAGGCCAUGGCUUUUGAUGGCAUCAUCUUUCAAGGCCAGAGUCUUAAGAUUCGCCGUCCCCAUGAUUACCAGCCCCUGCCCGGCAUGAGCGAGAACCCCAGUGUCUAUGUGCCUGGUACACAGCCAAUUAAUGGUGUGGUGUCCACAGUGGUGCCUGACUCGGCUCAUAAGCUCUUCAUUGGUGGCCUGCCCAACUACUUAAAUGAUGACCAGGUGAAGGAGCUGUUGACGUCUUUUGGCCCCCUGAAGGCCUUUAACUUGGUGAAGGACAGCGCUACAGGCCUAUCUAAAGGAUAUGCCUUUUGUGAAUAUGUUGAUGUCAACCUUAAUGACCAGGCUAUUGCUGGGCUGAACGGCAUGCAGCUGGGAGACAAGAAGCUCCUGGUGCAGAGAGCCAGUGUGGGAUCCAAGAACGCCACUCUGACAAGUAUAAACCAGACCCCCGUGACGCUGCAGGUGCCAGGUCUGAAUAGCUCAGUGACUCAGAUGGGUGGUCUGCCCACCGAGGUGCUGUGUCUGAUGAACAUGGUGGCACCAGAGGAGCUCCUGGAUGAUGAAGAGUAUGAGGAGAUCGUGGAGGACGUCAGGGACGAGUGCAGCAAGUACGGCCAAGUCAAGAGCAUUGAGAUACCUCGACCUGUGGACGGCCUGGAAGUGCCUGGGACCGGCAAGAUCUUUGUGGAGUUCAUGUCAGUUUUUGACUCCCAGAAAGCCAUGCAGGGGCUGACAGGAAGGAAGUUCGCCAACAGGGUGGUGGUGACCAAAUACUGCGAUCCAGACGCAUAUCACCGCCGGGACUUCUGGUAGAGGAGGCAUGAAGAGAAG